AUGAGGUUGUUCCUUCAGCUUUUGAGUCUGGCAGCUGGACUGUCCCAGGCGACAGCUACCCCUGUAUUGUCCAGAGCCGCUGGUGCUGCCAAGAACCUGGUCGUCUUUGGCGAUUCAUACUCGACUGUCGGCUUCUGGCCCGGGGGCGACUUGCCCAGCCCUGGCAGCCCUCUCGGAAAUCCCGCUCUACCAGGACAAACAACAGCAAAUGGAUUGAACUGGGUGGGCCAAUUGACCAGCGUGCUGAAUACUUCUUCGGUCCUGACUUAUGACUUUGCUGUCACUGGCGCUACAGUUGAUAAGGAAAUCGUCUCGACAUAUGCACAGUACUGUGUUGAUGAUCAGGUGGCCCAGUACAGAGAAUAUGUCGCAAACAAAAUCAGUUCUGCAGAAACACUUGUCGCCGUAUGGAUCGGGAUCAAUGAUCUCGGUGAACCAUUCUGGAAGAAAUCGGCAGCGCCAAUUGAGAAGACUAUGGAUCGGUAUUUCGAGCUUUUGAAGACGCUGUCUGAGGCUGGACUAAAGAAGUUCGCCCUCCUCACUGUUCCUCCAAUCGCGGACCAAAUUCCGGCUAUGAUCGGCCAGUCCGAAUCAGACCUCAAGACGCUUCGUGCAGACAUCAUUGCCUACAACAAAGCUCUGACUGAGCGUGCUGCUACCUUUUCAAAGUCUGGCUCAGGUAUCGAGGUGACCGUGUUUGACACGAAACCUACUUUUGACACCGCAGUCAAGAACUUCAAAGAGUAUGGGGCCAAGGAUGCGACAUGCUAUGGUGGAAAUGAGUGCCUAUGGACUGAUACAUAUCAUGCCGGUGUCGCUAUUCACAAAGCUCUUGCCAAGAAUUUUGCGGAGGGUGUUAGUAAAGUUGUCACGUUCUGA